ACCGCCGUGCGGAUUGCACGUUGGUCUGCUUUUGCCAUCAUCUGCUCUUGUACGAGCUGGCGCUUUUUCCGUUUCCCGGCGAACAACAAUUGCGUCUUGUUGGCUUUCUCCAGGAUGAACGACACCUGUCAUAUCGCGCUCUGCCCAAACUGCUCUCGUUCUAUAUCCCGCACCAUUUCGCGCGCUCCCUCUCAGAUCGACCUUGUUACCCUGAGAAAUGGAGACCUGCCACCGGAAAACAUCCCGAGUCGCGAUUAUAUCUCGAAGGCAGAGGAGGCAGAACGCGAGAUCCUCGCGUUCGAUGCUGAGAUCCGCCGCCUUCAGGCGCUGACCCAGGACCUCCAAGCCCACCGCCAAAGCCUUGCCGACUAUGCGGCACAGCAGCGCUCCCUUGUCGCUCCAGUGCGACACAUCCCUACGGAAGUCCUGGAGGCCAUCUUCCUCCUCGCGUGCCGGACCCCCGAGUUCGCCUUCCCGCUGCAAGAGUCGAUGACGACCGCGCGCACCCUCAGCCACGUCUGCCAUACGUGGCGGAAACUGUUGGCGACCAGCAAGCAGCUCUGGCUAAUUCCUUGCAUCAAAGUCAACAUAACGGCCAUCGAUAGCCCAAAGUUCAGAGAGGAGCAGGUGAACGAGUACCGUAGGGCGCUCAUAUUCUACCUUGCGCGAUCAGAUCCGCUCCCCUUCUCCGUCGAUUUGCGCGGGGACGGUUGUGUGAACAUCGCGCACAGGAGCGGGUUGCAUCCAGUCCUCCCUGAGGGACAAUUUAUUGCGUACUUCAUCCGACGCUGUCAGCACGCGGACUUCGACUGCACGUACCCGCUACACCUGGACGAAAUCUUUUCGGCUUUCGCGAGGUCGGUACGCAAGCAUGGAGGGCGAAGGGUUCUGAUAGAAAGGCUCGACAGCAUCGUCUGCCACGAGAGCAGUGACCUUGAGCACCUACAGCUCUAUGCUAACUUUUUGCGCGAAAGCGCCCCGCACCUCAAGCGUUGGUCGCAGACAUUCACAGAGCUAGGUGGCAGCGAACACUUGCGAUUCCACGCACCCAUGUCGCAGCUUACCCAUCUUGACGUAAUGUGGAUGUCGGCGAUAUCCGCCUACGACGCGCUUGCGGACUGUACAGUGGCGGCCAGAUCAAUUGCGCGGUUCCUUUUUGGGAAAGAUCGCCGAGCCACCAGAGGUAGGCAUGAUGGCACCUACACCCCUCCGCCCAAGCCCGUGGUUCUGCCCUCUCUCGUAUCCCUUCGUCUCGUCGCGCGACCGGCGCGCACCAUCUUAGGCGACUUUCUCGCCUCGCUCACCGCCCCGCCCUUAAUGCACGCGCGCCUUCGCCAUGGGAGCAACAAGUAUCUCACUGACUAUACCGCGGUGCUAUGCUGCGAGGGCGCUCCAGAGGACCGGCCUGACUUCCCUCAUGCCGAAUUCGCGCAGUUCCUUGCGCAGUCGGACUGCAAGAUGAACUCGCUGGAGAUCGAAGGGGUGUGCACUGGGGCAGGCGACGUCGCCCUUCUGCGCGCGCGGCUUCCCGACGUCACAAAUCUUGUCCGCGCCGGCAAAGGCCGAUAUCUUGACCGCAGUUUGCCUCCGACCAUCAAGAUGAAACCUGAAGACGUGAUAUCGAUAUCGCUCUGCCCCAGCUGUCCACGAAGCAUCACUUGUACCGGCAGUCCUUUCUCGCCAUCUCAAGACGCCGUCGUCGCGAUCAGGGGCAACGAUGCGUCCCUCGAAACCAUCGCCGACAAUGACCGUCUGAAUAAGGCGAUGAGCGCGGAACAACAAGCGCAUAUCCUUACACUCGAGAUCGACCGGCUGCUCGCUAUGGCCGGAGAGGUUCAGGCUCACCGUCAGCGCCUCCUGGACUUUGCCGCUGAACAACGCGCGAUCGCCGCACCCAUUCGUAAAGUCCCCGACGAGGUCUUGGAGCAAAUAUUCCGCUUCGCGUGCGCGGACGUUGUCUUCACGUAUCCGCUAUCAAAGUCGAUGCUUGCGACGGCAACGAUCAGCCACGUCUGUCAUCGCUGGCGCACUAUUGCGGAAAACGACAAGCAGCUUUGGACGCCCGUCUGUGUCAAGCUAGAUACGUACGAGAUUGAGGAGCGAGAAGUGAAACCCACGCCCGAGCGUCUUUUGCCGUUCCAAAACGCGCUGAUCGCAUACCUCGAAAAGUCGGAUCCGCGGCCCUUCGCCGUCGACCUGCACGGACCCUGCGUCGCCUUCGCAUAUGGGCCGAAGCGGACGCUCCCUCUCUUGCCAGCCUCCGAAUUCUUCGAACACUUCGCCCGCCGCUGCCACCACGCCCGCCUGUGCACCACCUCCUUCGCGUACUUGGACUAUCUCUAUGGCAUCGAGUUUCGCGCGAGGAUGCCCGAACACAUCGAGAUAGAGCGCCUCGCGAGCUUCGAGCUCGUCGAGGACCGCACGCACCGCGAACCGGACAGGAUCAUGCCCUAUCACGCGGUCCUCUUCACCGAGCGUGCGCCGCGUCUGCGCUCCUGGACGCAGAACAUUGUCGAUUCCACGAGCCCCAGCUUCGAUGGGGUGAUACUGCACGCACCGCGAAACAAUCUGGUACGUCUCGAGGUGUCGUGGAUGGAGUGGCCCCUAGCAGGCUGGGCGCUGGCUCCCUGCGUCAACCUAAAGGAGCUUAUCAUCGGCGUGUUUGCUCCCCCUAACACAUGGAAUAAUGCCGAACCCAAUCCCCUAACGCUACCAAACCUCGAGUCCCUGACGGUCGCUACAGUCCCUGUGUGGGCUACGCUUAGCCGUCUUCUGAGCAUUCUUACCGCCCCGCGUCUGCGACACGCGCGGCUCCGCUGCGCGAAGCCAGACGAGAAUCAGACAGUCAAGUCUGCUCCGAACAACGCCUCUGAAUCCUCUGGCGUCGCAAGCUCAGCUGCUGUCCGACGUCGAAACAGCAAGCCAGUUGCGCGCAAACGAACGAGGGGAGACGUCGACGGCCCGGUGCAGCAGAAGGAAAGUAGCGCUGCAGAAAUUGUCUUGAAGCCUCGGACUUCGACUCACAGGAAGAGCAAGCGUGCUCGCAACGAUACCCAAGACGAUGCACUCCCCUCUCUCCGACGAUCUGCCAGAAUUCUUGCUCGUUCCCAUUGUCCCAUCCAUUGGCUGCCCUCCGAACUACUGUCCGAAAUAUUCCUCCACUUCCUCGAGUUGAUCAACGGCGGCUUCUUCUUUGUCAACCCCAUCCCAAGGCUCGAUACCACUAUCACGCGCGUCUGCAGAAAAUGGCGUAACGUCGCGUACGGAACUCCUCGACUCUGGCGACAUCUCGUCCCUCCGAAAGGUGGAUGUGAUCAGUACCUGCGUCGUUAUAUUCCCCUUACAGGGCAAUGUCCGCUCGAUGUCAGUGGCUUCGAAGCGCAGCUCGGGGCCGAUCGCUUAUUGAGAAAGCUUCGACCUCAUAGCCACCGCUUACGCGCUCUGAUCCUGUCGGGCGCCUGUGACCAAUUCCGCAUGCCGACGCCCAUCGCCGCGCUCAAUCUCGAGGACGCAUACCUUCUAAUGUUCGCAGAAGGCCCAUUGGACACGAUCACACCCUUAGCAUUCCUCGAGGACGCGUCUCGGCUGUCCAGUCUGCACAUGCACCUCGAACGCGUAUAUACCCAGGUGAUCUCGCUCCCGCCGAUGAAGUGCUUAACGGAACUCACAUUGUUCUUCUCUCGCUGCGUCAUCCUGAGCGUCCGUGGCCCGCUAGAACAGUGUAGUCAAACGCUCAGGAAGCUCAAGAUAACUAUCGCAUUGUGCGAAGCGCGUCCCGCGCCGGCCGAUGCUUUGGCUCUCCCCGCGCUGAGAAGCCUUGACCUCGAGUACAAUGCUGCCGGGGUCCUGGAGUUGAUCUCCGCGCCCAACCUCGAGAAACUCAAGAUCGACGGACCCGCGCCCGACAGUCCCGCUCUUCUCCUGGCCUACCUCGCCCGCGUACCUUCAACCGCGACUAACCUCCGUUGGCUCGACUUCGCGACCAUGCACACGGAGGAGUGGGACAAAGAUACGGUCCCAGCGAUACUCAUCGAGUGUUUCGCUAAGCUAAAGGCACUCGAGACGAUACGCUUCAACUCUUUCCCAGAGGCGUUCCAAAUCUUCGGCUGCCUGACCGUCGACUUGGAGAGAAGCGCGCCGCUGCUCUUACCGAACCUUAGGGUGGGGGUGUUUGGCAGAGAUCACUAUCACUGGCCCAGGCCUGUCAUACCUUCGGAGGCGUAUCGAGCGUUUGUGGAAUCUCGGGCGAGGGCACAAUCUGUCGGUGGGAUCGUGGUUAAAGCGGCGCAGAUCUCGCAGGAAUAUUGUAUCAUCCGUUUCUAGGUAUUAUCUAGACUGGAGACGUAGGGUUGAGCAUUGUGGGAUCGACGUCGCGACUUGGGCUCAUAACGAGGGUGUUCCUCUACUUAUUCUCGUGCUGUGCAUCAUGUAUAGACCUGGGAAAAUAUGUAACUUGAGCUCAUUGUGUGUG